AUGUGUGCAUGCGCCUUCCUUUUUGUAGAGUGCACAAUUCUGCUGCAAUCAGAAAUUGUAGUCGAUAAUAACCCCUCCAAGAGUGUAAAUACCAAAGAGCAGAUUAUUUCUAUUACAGCUGAGAAAACAAGUGCUACUGAUGCGCGUGGCUCUACCUCCUUAAAGUCACCAAAAGGUGCACAGGAGAAGGCUAAUUUUUUGGGAAAAGGUGGAGAACAGCCUUAUGUCUACCAGACCAAUGUGUAUGCACCACAGCCACAGACAGUCUAUUCUGGAGGAUACAUCAAUCCUUCAGGGCAAUGGGAAGAGUAUCCCUAUUAUGUGAGUAUGGAAGGACUCCAUUCUGCGUCACCUUCAAUCAUGCUAUCUCCUGGGUAUGCGAACAACCCCCAAAUGAUGUAUGGAGCUUAUUCUCCUGUUGCAACUGUUGAAGAGGGCCAGUCCUAUUCCCCUAUGCACUUCCCCUUCUCAUGUCCUUACUAUCAGCCACCGGCUUCUCUUAGUAUGGGAUACUCAAAUUCUAGUACUGGAAUGUCUCAAGGAGACCCUAUGCUUCAGCAAGAGUACUUUCUUCCUGAUGGUCUUCUCUAUUCACCCACAACUGUGUACCACCAACCAUUUGAGUCAUACAACAGAGAUCUGUCAGAGCCAUUUCAAACUAAUUGUGAGUUUCUUCCGCAGCGGCAACACAACCAAACAAUGCUCCGGGAUUAUUUGGGCAAGGGAAUGCACCAUUGGUUUCUGGAAUGUAUUGACUAUGCAUGUUAUUUGCAGCAGCAUGGAUCAAUGUAUAAUUCUGGAUCCUACAAGGCACGCCAACAAGCUAGUAAAUAUGGAGGCAUUACUCCUAAUUGGGGUUCUGCUGGUCGUAGAUUUAAUAAUUUCGACUACAACUCCAGUCAACAAAGGGGGAGCAUGCCAUUCAAUAUCCAGAAUGGUGCGCUGGAGUUUCUGAAUGAGCAAAACCGUGGCCCACGUGCUGCAAAACCAAAGAAACAAGACAGAGAGAAUUCUUUAGUAGAUGACAAAAGCGAGAAAACCACUCAACUUAUUGACAGUGAACUGUACAAUUGUCCUGAUUUUGCCACGGAGUACAAGGAUGCGAUUUUUUUUGUAAUUAAAUCAUACACGGAGGACCAUGUACAUCGGAGCAUUAAGUACAAUGUUUGGGCCAGCACAGCUAGUGGCAAUAGAAAGCUGGAUUCAGCUUAUCGUGCGGCCAAACAGAAAGAAGACCAUUGCCGUGUUUUCUUGUUCUUCUCGGUUAAUGGCAGUGGGCAGUUCUGUGGUGUUGCUGAGAUGAUUGGACCUGUUGACUUUGACAGAAGUGUUGAUUAUUGGCAGCAAGACAAGUGGAGUGGCCAGUUUCCUGUGAAGUGGCACAUUAUUAAGGAUGUCCCAAACACCCUACUCCGGCACAUCACACUUGAGAAUAAUGACAACAAACCUGUAACAAAUAGCAGGGACACCCAGGAGGUCAAGCUAGAGUAUGGUCUCCAGAUGCUAAGCAUAUUCAAGAAUCAUGAGGCCGAGACAAGCAUUGUGGAGGACUUCUACUUCUAUGAGCAACGGGAGAAAGCCUUGAAGGAAAAUAGACGUCAGCAGCAGCCUGGCAGCGCAGAGUCCCUGAAGCCAACAGACGCUAAGGCUGUAGGGAAUUCUGUUACUCAUAUCGCGGACUCAUUUUCUCGGAGUGUCCAGCUGAAAGAAAUUGAGAAAAGUGAUAACAAACGUGAUGGUGCCAUCUCAAUGAAUGAUGCACAGACAGCUACCAUCAAGGCCGAAGAAAGCAACGCAAACAAAACUAAAGGUCCUGUGGAGGAGAGCAGUUGA